AUGGGGACUAACUUAUCAACGCAUACUAAUAUGAUUCCUUGUGGCACGCUCGCCUGCAUGGAAGACGUAGAGGUAAAAUGCUGCACGUUUCCGAAGUGUGAAUGAGUGUGAAACAUUUUUAAACUUCUCAAUACUCCAAGUAUGUUAGAAGUAAAAAUAAACAAAUAUAUAAAUCAAGGAUUUUGUCUUGUUAAAGUUUGAAUCUAUGAUAAGUAUUCUUUUUAACAGCAUAUAUAUUUUUGUGAAAUAUUGAAAAAUAAACUAAACAGAUGAUAAGAAUAACAUGCUAUUUUUUUAGUAAACUAUAUAAGGCAUGUGUGGUUAAAACAGAUGCAUUCCCCAACCCCUCCUAGCUCUACAAUAGCUGCUGUGCUCUGGCCACUCCAUACAAAUAGAAAAGUCUAAAAUAUUUCCCUUUUAAAUGUCACAGCAUUGCUCCUUUAAGAUUAGAAGCUCUAGCGAAGCAUGCUGGGAGUGGUAGAGUCCAUGACGUUGUUUGUUGCUGCUUGUAUACGUGUGGUAGGUGACAGGCAGCUGUGCAGCCAGGUAAGGGAUACAAUGUCUAUAACCCAACGUUCCAAGGGAACCUGGGAAUGGAAUGUGCAAUGCCUUAUUAAAAGCCUGGCAUGUGCAGAUAGGUAGGUUGGUCCCACUUAUGGCACUGGAAUAUAUGCUUAACACCAUGUAUUAGUAAUAUAUAUAUAUAUAUAUAUAUAUAAUCUAGCUGCAGUUUCUUUGAUUAGUAAGGUGGCAUAGCAGAAUGCUGUCUGUGAUUACCUUAUUACUGCAUGGAAUAGAUUGUGCAGGGAUGGAUUCUGCCACCUAAUUCAGUCUAUUGACAAUGUACUGAGAAGAACAAUACUGUGUUUGUUUUGCAGCAAAUCACAAGGCUCAGAUCUGGCUCCAUUGAUGUUUGUUCAAACCAGGAUAUGGCUCAGAUCUUUCUACUGAAUCCUGGUGUUCCUUUGGACAGAAUGAGAGGAAUAUGGAAAAUGUGUGGGUGUUGGGUGUCGUGUGUGCAUGCUUUCUAAUUCCUCAUAGAAGUCAGUGAAAGGCUGCAUGUGUGAGUGGUGUCCCUUUCAACAAACAAACAAAUCCACAAUUAAAUAAUGCUAGUGCAAGAUACUGCAUACUUCGUUAGAUUGUGGGUGUAAAACAGAGAUGUAGAGGGGAUAAACCAAAAGCAGUAGGGAGCACACGCCAGCUUUACAUCAUAGGCCCCUAAUCUCCCUUAAAAAUAACAACAAACAACAAAAAUAAGAACAUGAUCAUUUAAAUAUGAUAAAAAUCGGGUGUGCGUGUAUAUAGUCUGUGUGUUUUGUUUGUAUAGUUGUAUGUGUAGUAAUGUGUGUACGGCAAAUCUAGACUUUGCGAGGCCUUAGGUGAAACUCCAAAUUGAGGCCCCCACUGCAUACUUGCCAACUGUCACGUUUUUGCCGGGAAAAUCACCCUCCCGGGACAGUCCCAGCAACUUGCUGGCCAUGUGCUUUUAUUAUUUUCCCUCGGACUGUUACAGUCUGAGGGAAUUUAGGACAGAGGUGAUGGGGACUGCACUGACAGUCUCCCUUCCGAUUUUCCAGCAGCUUCCCCUUCACACAGGCUCCUGCUCUGCCUUGCGGAUGCAGGUUUCGCCCCACCCACCCUUGCCAGGAAACUCCGCCUCCUGCCACCAAGCUCUGCCACCACUGUUAAGCAGGAGACCUUGCUGCAGUUGGAAGAGGACAGAACAUGGCUUCCUGACCUCCCAGCAAUAGCCUCCAGUGCCAGGUAGGCUUGAUAUACUCAGGUGUGUGUGUAUCUGCUAGUGAGAAAGCUUGUGUGUGUCAGUGAGCUUGUUUGUAGUGAGUUUGUGUGUGUCAGUGAGCUUGUCUGUAGACCACCAGGGCACAGCACCCCUCAUACACAAACAGCACCCCUCAUACACAAAUCGCACCCCUGACACAAAGCACCCCAGCACACACACACAUAUACACUUAGCACCCCUCACACACACAGCAUUUGUCACACACUGCACCUCUCUCUUACACACAGAGCACCCCUGACACAAAAUCCACCUCACACACACAGCACCUCUGACACACACACAACCCUUGUUGUGCCCUUGUCACAAACUGCACCCCCCACACACAGACACAGCACCCGUCACAAACUGCACCCCUACACACACCACACAUACACCGCACCCCUCUUUGCAGUCUCUGUGUGUAUAAAGUAGCCUGUGUGUAUUCAACAGUGUGUGAAUUCUGCCAUCUGUGUGUGUAGUCAGCGGUCUCUGUGUGUGUGUGUGUGUAUUCAGUGUACUGUGUGUAUGCACUCUGUAUGUGUGUGUAUUCAGCAGUCUGUCUUUGUGUACUUAGCAGUCUGUCUGUGUGUACUCCGCAGUCUGUUGAGAAACAAACAAAGUGGGUGUAGCGUUUGUGUGGUUUAUAGCGGUUGUAGUCUGUGUAUUGUCGGUGUAUGGUAUAAAUAGGAUAAAUACUUGCAAAAACAUAAAAUACAAGAAUAUAGUUUUUCGUUCUUGAUCCAAGGAGAUAUCUCACUGCUAUUCUGGGGAAGGUUUUUUCCCUAGUUUGUUGCACAAUUGGAAAUGCUUCAAAUUGUUUUAUUUUUAUUUAUUUUUUUUGCCUUCUUUAGAUCAACCGCAAAAACAAAAGUGAGAGAGGCUGAAUUUAAUGAACACGUCUCUUUUCAGCCCAUGUGACUAUGUAUGUGAAGUGUGGGUAUCUAUUAUUUGUGUAUAGAGGAUGUAAUAUGUGUUUAAAGGACUUAGGCCUAUAGUCACACUGUGUGACAAAUCUUUACAGAGCCCCUCCCACUAUGAGGCACACCCCAUCAUCCAAUACCUCCCACUAUGAGGCACACCCCAUCAUCCAAUACCUCCCACUAUGAGGCACACCACAUCAUCCAAUACCUCCCACUAUUUAAAAACUCCAAUUCUUUUUAAUCCCAAAACAAAGAGAUUAGAAAACUUGAUAAUACAUUUUAACUAACAGAUGUUACACUUAUAAGUGCGAUAAAAGUAUAAUUAUUAAGUAAAACAGCAGUAAUCAAACUAAAGUUUGGCCCUGUUUAGUGUGUAGCAAGUUCAGAGCCAGAAUGAUGAUUGAACAUUAUAAGGAUAUGUAUUAGGGAUCGACCAGUAUUAUUCCAGAGCUGAUGAUGAUGCAGAUUGUGUUGCCCUUUGGUCUGAUUCCUGAUAACCAGUGUCAAUAUUCUGUAAAUUUAAAAUUUAGAAAAAGCAGCACAAUUUCUACGCACAUUUGGCAAUACGUCAACAUACUGGCAGCAAUCACACUCCUAUCACUCUCUGGCAGCCAGUACAUGCUGGGAUCAGUGAGAUCCCAACAUAUACAGUUCUGCUACUGAUAGGAAUGUGAUUGCUGACAGCAGUCACACUCCUAUUACUCUCAGUCAGCCAGCCCAGUACAUUACAGUGGAUUAUUCACUGUCUUACCUCCCUGCCUUCAGUUUUUCUCUGCAUGCGGGGACCCACAGGGAGGGGUGACGUGAGGUUGUGAUGUGGCGCCUCAUUGGCUGGCUGUUGGAGUUUCUGGACACAGAAGAUGGUGUGCAGGGAAUGGGAGAGAUGAAUAAGUUAUUGUUAAAUAACAGGACCGAUACCGAUUAUCAUAAAUAUGUAGAAUUUAGGCUCUUAGAAUUGGCAGAACCGAAAAUCGGUCUAUCCCUAAUAUGUAUAGUGAUCAAUUGUGGGUCAAAGUUGUAAAAAUAGAGCAGCAGCACUCCAUUAAUUCCCAUGGUGAUUACUCCACCUGCACUGUGAAUGUUUACAUGGUGUGUUCAAUAAAAACAUGGCAACAUUUCAUUCUUUGUGUGUUAUUAGUUUAAGCAGACUGUGAUUGUCUAUUGUUGUGACUUAGAUCAUGAUCAGAUCACAUUUUAUGACCAAUUUGUGCAGAAAUCCAUAUCAUUCCAAAGGGUUCACAUACUUUUUCUUGCAACUGUAUGUAUUUAUUUGUGAGCAGUGUUGGCAUUUGAGUGCAGUUGUAUGUCUGUAUGUACUGUUGCUAUUUGAAAGCUGUGGUGUACUUGUGUGUAGAGUUGGCGUUUGGUAGUAAGAUUUCAGAUGUCUGUUGCUUGCUCAUUUUGUGUAGUUCCAGCUCAUCGUUAAGUGUAACUGAUUCUUUAAGUUCAUUGAAGUAGUCUGGGUGCAGUGUCCCAGUCCCCUUAACCUUGCAGCUGAAAUUUUUUUGCUGUUUUAGAGAAACUGCAAUGUUUAUAUUACAGGGUUAAGACUGCCAGUAGUGGCUGUUUACAAGAGAGCCACUAGAGGCACUUCUUGGUUCUUCACGGAGUUUAACUCUGUGAAACGACGUUGGAUGUUUUCACGCUAUGCAUGAGGACAUCCAGGGCCCCCUUGCGCUGAUGUUGGUGGAGGUGGAGAUGAAGCCAGUACUGAGGGACAUCUGUGCUGGAGUCAGGUAAGUGUUUAAUGGAUUUUUAACCCUUUGAUUGCUGUGAAAGCGCAAAGGCAGAGGGAAACAAUACUAUUAGAAGUACAGCUUUGUAUUCCUAACAAAAGCAAAAAGAAAAAAUUAGGGCAGCGCUAUCAAUUGCAAAUGUGCACACCAAGUGCUACAUACAAGUUUAUUGAAGGACAGAAAGUAUUCCUAACACUAUAGUGUUCCUUUUAAUAUUCCAACAGAAAAUAAAAUUUUUAACCUGUGUGUUUGUUCUUGGCAGAUAUAGGUAUACUUGGUCCUUAAAGGCACACUAUAGUCACCUGAACAACUUCAGCUUAAUGAGGUUGUUCAGGUGAGAACUAUAGCUCCCUGCAGCCUUUCUCAUGUAAACACUUUAUUUUCUGAGAAAAUACAGUGUUUACAUUGAAAGCUAGGAACACCUCCAGUUGCAGUCACUCAGAAUGCCACCAGAGGGACUUCCGAGUUGAUGGAGGCAUAAUAUGCCUCCAUCCAAUCAGAUCUGCUGUGCACGAGCAUCCUGUGAUUCAGUAUCUUCUCCCACUGCUGCAUACUUUCCUCAUAGAGAUUCAUUGAUUCAAUUCAUCUCUAUGAGGAGAUGCUGAUUGGCCAGGGCUGUGUUUGAAUCAUGCUGGCUCUGCCCAUGAGCUGCCUCCUUGUCAGUCUCAGCCAAUCCUAUGGGGAAGCACUGUGAUUGGAUCAGGCUAUCACGUCAGCAGACUGCUUGUUUUUCCUGAGUCUAACAGCAUGCAGAGUUACAGCUUCUGGCUUGAAUACAGUAAGAUUUUUACUAUAUUUAUGGAGGCAUGAGGGGCCCAGGGGGGCUAGAUGGUCAUGUUAACACUAUAGGGUCAGGAAUACAUGUAGUUGCACUGGUUACUAUAGUGUCCCUUUAACCACCAACCAUUUGACAGCUUUUCACUAUCUGGUUAAAAAUAUUUGUUUCUCUUCCUUAUAGAGAUGUCUACAUAUGUGUCGAGGGCAAUUAUUUAUACACCGAUCAGCCACAACAUUUUUUAUGUGUUUUUCUUUUUAUUCUAUUUUAGAAAAUGCCUUGGAAGCCAUGAGAUUACUUCACAUAUGACAAGAGAGAGUGCUCAUCCUGUGCUAUUGUCGUCACUGCAAAAUACACAUAAAGCCAUGUUAGGGUAGGUAAGUGAGUGCACUGGUACUUCACGUAGACUUUUUAUAGACAUUUGAUUCUAAACGCCCCUCCCCACCUCUCAGCUUGAAAUGCUUUCAAACAGUGGAGUAAGUGUUAUUUCUUCACCAUGCAAUGUGUGAGCAUGUUGUGUAUGUCCCUAUCUUCCCCCCAUCCCCUCCACCCAGGAGGCAUUUAAACUGUGAAUGGAAAUGUCAAUAAAUUGUUAGCACUCAUGGUAUCUCUGCUAUAUGCUCAUUGAGCAGUUCCACUGAUCAGAUCCGAUGAGGGGUUUAUGGGAUAAAACCAGUCUCUAUAGACCAGAAUGUGAGCUUGCUGACUGGUAGAGCCUAUUCCUCAUGUGGGAGAGAUAUUCAAGUGCUUCUCUGGCAUCAUGUAUAAGUGCAGCAGCUUUGGGAAAUUUAAUGAUUUCAUCACUCCAAGCACCAUAACUACUACAGCACGCUUUAGUGGUUAUGGUGCAAGGAGAGACUUGGCACCCCCUAAUACUAGUAAUAUGAGUAAGUACUCAAACUAUUUUCACCUGGCUUGAUUUCUUAUCUGGGGUCUACUGGGCAAAGCUCCUUGCCUCCACUACAUCAGCCAGAGAGCUGGAGUCUCUCUUUCUGAACUUAGCCUGGACGUGCAGGGCAUGGCCUAGCUCAUUGGCUAAGAGAGAUCAGCUCCCAUCCAACUCCAUUCUAAAACUGUUUGACUACUUACAAUUGGGAACACCAGGACACUCCUGGCACCAUAACCACUGUAGUGGUUAUAAUGUUGUUAGUGUUCCUUUAAUACAAAAAAUGUUGGUCACUUCCAUCUGGAGCUUUAUUUUAACCAUGAAAUGUGAAUUACCAUAUUGGCAGUUAUACUAACUAUAUUUUAUCUUCUGAAAUAGUUUUGUUGAUUUUUUUUUUUUGUGACUAUCCCAAUCAUAGUAUUAUUAAACAUUAAUAUGUAUGAAUAUAUGGCCAUUGUGUUAGAGAGAUGUUUGUUUAUAUUACUUAAAAAUACAUUACACAUUUUUUUAAUUUUCUCUUUACAGUGUCUUUUUAGUACACUGUAUGCUAAGGAGAAAUAGAUGUGUUGUCGGUCACAGCAGCCUCAGGGUCAGAGUCCAUCUCCCUUCCUGCUCUGGCAGACGCCAGUCAUAAUGGGAGUUGCAGUUGGAAGUUUCCCUUUUUUUCUGCAGCUCCUGUGGCUGUUGAUUGUAAUAGCUACCAAACUCAUAGAAUGUUAACCUCAUUUAGUUUACUGGGAGUUUCAGUUCAUAGCAGCUAUAGUGGUAGUAAGCAGACAGACAAAUCCUCUAAGAUAUUUACAUGCUUCAGUGGUGUAGAGAUCCUACUGCAAACUGCAAUCUUGGUGUUCUGUUAGCAGGCAAAGACCGUGCAUGUAUGAUGGUUGUCCCAAUCUGAGACUUGCUUGCACUGACAAGUACUGCAAUGUACUGUAAACCUAUUUUAUAUCUGAGGCAUUGAAAUGGCUAAGGGAGUAAUAUUCAACAUUUCAUGCAAAUAAACCAUUUGGUGGACGUAUACAUGUAUACAAUACUGUUUCAUUGGUGGGAUGUAGCAGAAAUGUAAUCAUCAAUAUGUAUUUCUCUCACAGAGCAUUCCAUACUUGGUGCUGA